CUUCGUAUGGUACAACCUACAUUAUGUGACAGUUCUCGAACCAGGAGGCAUGACGAGAAACAUGAGUGUUUAAACAACGAGGGCCUGCACACGAUGUCCAAACAACCUGUCCACAACCUGUCUAACAGAGAUUGCGCGUCCAAAAUGUCCUCCUACCGCGGUCGACCUAGCAAAGGAUGCGAUGCAUGCCGAUUAAAGAAGAUCAAGUGUGACGAAGGAAAGCCAGCAUGCACACGGUGCAAAAAAUCCAGACAGGACUGUCGAUAUCGCGAUCAAACUGAUCUGGUUUUCCGCAAUCAGACCGCCUUCGCAGCACAGAAAGCCGAAGAGUCGUGGCGGAAGAGAUCGAGAUCGCAUCAACGUAGCGUUAGUGAGAGCGUUGUCUCUUCAUUGCAUUCAACGCCAUUGGAUCAAAGCUCGAGCAGCACCCAGCACAGCGUCGCAGCUAGCUCGUCGCAAGAGCGGUAUCCAGCGCCUCUGCUAGAUUUCAACGGUCUUUGCAUUACACCUUUACAGAACGACCUUCGGCGUUUAGCUUACGAACGUUUCGUUUACGACUUCGUGGUCUUCGAAAGUCCCAAUAAACCUUCUGAUGAGCCGACCGAUGCAAUGUGGGAUUUUAUCCCAUAUCUGUAUGAGAAGGCGGGCAGGGACUCAUGCCUGGCUGCCACAGUUGAUGCCGUUUCGUAUGGCAAUUUCGCUAGCAGAUGCAACGCACCGCAUGCUCUUCCUUUGGCGGAGGAGUGCGCGGCAAGAAGUAUCAAGCUCCUACAAGCGACCAUCGCGGACAAAUCUACCGCAUCUUCUAAUGACGCUCUUUGUUCAGUGUACCUUAUGGGACUCUUUGGGACUCUCAUAGCCGUCCCGCAAGCUCACAAAGACACACUGUUGGCACAUAAUCGUGGCGCGAAAGCGCUUCUGCAGCUACGAAACGUUGAGGAGUACUAUGCGGACCAUUAUUCCACACGAUUGUUCGAGCUUACCGUCUGGCAAGUACAAUUGAGCGCUCUACACCACGCAAUCAUGCCACCGAUAUCUACGACGGAUAUCGCAAUUAUGCAAAGAUACAUUGAAUCCUCAACAGCCAAAAGUAGUGCCGCAUUGCUACUUCUGGUACAUAGGGAAACUCAAUUGCACGCGGCAUGGCAUGAGCUCAAGCAUGGCAACAACCCUCCGAGCAGUAGAAUUGACUUACAUAACUACAUUCAAUCCGCUCUUCAGUUGGAUGCCGAUUUCACGUCAUGGGAACGCGCAAUUCCCCGCGGUUGGCGAUAUCACAUGGAACUCAACACUGCUCACGCCAGAGCAACCUACGAUCCUAGAUGGCGAGAGCUGUUUCUGGGAAGCCCGGGGGCACCGAAAGAAAUACAUUCAUACAGCAAACUUAAGAGAUGCUGGGCGUGGAUAUUUUACCGCACGACACACAUAAUAGUUCUGAGAGACUUACUGGAGAUGCUGAAUUGGAUGUUUAAGCUGCCACUAUUUCACAACACAGAAAACAAUUCGCAGCUCAAGCCUAUGAACAACGCGAGCUUACAGGUGCACCACGCUUUCGCGACCACAAACCUCGUGAACGUUAUCGAAAAAGGCACAUCAGCAAUGUUUGGCAUCUUCAACGCAUUUGUUUAUGGAAAGAUGGAUCAUGAUCUUAUAGGCUUGCGCGGCUAUAUGAUGAUAUGGCCACUGGGCGUCAUGGACGCAGUGUUGAAACUCGGCUUCAUUCCCGACUCCGCAAAUCCCAUUACUCCUCCAAGUAGUGGAACCCCAUCUCCACAUAUGCAAGGUGUACAGCCACCAUAUUGGGGCUCAUCAGGUACGAUUCACGACACAACACUCGUUCGACCAGACGAACUCUGUGAGCUUCUUCGCUCCUACGGAUUGCAGAACCAUGCGGCGAACGUUGCACGCAGAAGCUAUGCGCAUGACCCUAAUACCCCACACGCAUCGUCUAUGAUUUCGUCCACGGGUUCCAAGCAACACCUUUUCGACUCGUCACCUACCCACCCGUUCGAUCUUCCCACCAACAUGAGCUACUCUGGGUUUCCCAUUACGAAGCCCGCAAGCAUUGAUGUUGCUGCGCGGAGGGAAUGGUUGAAUCGAAUUUUGUAUUUUAUAUCGAGUGAAAUGGGGAUUAAGACAGCGAUUGCGGUCCCUGCUGUUGAGGUUUCAUUGGAGGUUUGCAGGAAGCAGGUCGAGGAGUUACUUGCAAUAUGA